GCCCUAUAUAUCAGGCAUAAACCAAUCUCGACCAAUUACUCCAUUGGGAAAGUGCGACCUUUCCAAUUAAACGAUAGCGUGAGCGCACUUACACUACGCGGUCAACUUUUCUUUAUCCGUUUCGCGAGAGGGCCGACCUUUCUUCACAAUCACCCACCAACAAAACCCCCAUACCUUGACAUCGAUUGCGGAUUCAGUGCGAAACGUCCUUCGUACUUCUUUCGUUCUUCUUUGCCCUGUUCCUUCAAACCCCAUAAAACCACCUUUUUCCGCAAAAAAAGGCUCAAAAAAACUAGAAAAACAGUCAGAAAACCUCAGAUUUGCGAUCUCUCCAUAUCAAACUCACCCCUACAACCUCCUACUACCAAUCUUCCGUCACACGAUCCCUUCACUUGUGCGACAUUUUCACCCAAAACAAGAGUCAUAAGAACCUAGACGUGGUCUUUCUUUGCAAGAAUAACCAUUCAAGAUGUCUGCUCCUUCCGCUACCUCUGCUGUGGACCAGCUCGCCACCGAUCUCACCAACACCACCCUGAAUGGCGGCGAUGCCACAGCAAUCAACACCAACGUCUCUACUGAGGCCACCUCCGAAGACCCAGACACUGCAGGCCCAACUCCAACUGGCGCACAGGCUGCCCACCCCCAGGCUUCGGCAUCUCUGUAUGUCGGAGAGCUUGACCCAUCUGUGACUGAGGCCAUGCUCUUCGAGCUCUUCUCCCAGAUCGGAUCUGUUGCCUCCAUCCGUGUCUGCCGUGACGCUGUCACCCGCCGUUCCCUUGGCUAUGCCUACGUCAACUACAACACCACAAUCGAUGGUGAGAAGGCUCUUGAGGAGCUCAACUACACCCUGAUCAAGGGCCGCCCAUGCCGCAUUAUGUGGUCCCAGCGUGACCCUGCCCUCAGAAAGACUGGCCAAGGCAACGUCUUCAUCAAGAACCUUGAUGUUGCCAUCGACAACAAGGCUCUCCACGACACCUUUGCUGCAUUCGGCAACAUCCUCAGUUGCAAGGUUGCCCAGGAUGAGUCUGGAAACUCCAAGGGAUACGGAUUUGUUCACUACGAGACAGAUGAGGCUGCCAGCCAAGCCAUUAAGCAUGUCAACGGUAUGCUUCUCAACGAGAAGAAGGUGUUCGUCGGCCACCACAUCCCAAAGAAGGACCGCCAGAGCAAGUUUGAGGAGAUGAAGGCCAACUUCACCAACAUCUACGUUAAGAACAUCCCUGCCGAUGCCACUGAUGAUCAGUUCAGAGAGCUCUUCGAGAAGUUUGGAGAUGUGACCUCUGCUUCCCUUGCUCGCGACGAGGCGGGAAAGAACCGCGGCUUUGGUUUCGUCAACUUCAUCAACCAUGAGCACGCGUCGGCCGCCGUCGACGAGCUUAAUGGAAAGGAUUUCAUGGGCCAGGAUCUUUACGUCGGACGCGCCCAGAAGAAGCACGAGCGUGAGGAAGAGCUCCGCAAGUCCUACGAGGCUGCUCGUAUCGAGAAGGCCUCAAAAUACCAAGGUGUAAACCUCUACGUCAAGAAUCUCGAGGAUGAUGUCGACGAUGAGAAGCUUCGCGAGCUUUUUGCUCCUUAUGGAGCUAUCACGUCUGCCAAGGUCAUGCGUGACACUGCUGCCGAGACCGCCGAGGCCGAGGAGAAGGAGAAGAGCGAGGAGAAGAAGGAAGAGAAGAAGGACGAGGAGAAGGUUGAGGAGGCUAAGGAGGAGAAGAAGGAAGGCGAGGAGGAGUCUGCCGAGAAGAAGGCCGCAUCCAAGUCUGAGAAGCGUGUUCUUGGUAAGAGCAAGGGCUUCGGCUUUGUCUGCUUCAACAACCCAGACGAGGCCACCAAGGCUGUGACUGAGAUGAACCAACGCAUGGUCAACGGCAAGCCAUUGUACGUCGCCUUGGCUCAGCGCAAGGAUGUCCGUAAGAGCCAGCUCGAGGCUAGCAUUCAGGCUAGAAACCAGAUCCGUAUGCAGCAGGCUGCUGCCGCUGCUGGAUUACCUCAGCAAUUCAUCCAGGCUCCGAUGUUCUAUGGUCCCGGCCAGCAGCCAGGCUUCAUGCCCCCCAACGCUGGCGGCCGCGGAAUGCCAUUCCCACCGCAACAGGGCAUGGGAAUUCCUGCCCAGGGUGCUCGUCCUGGUCAAUACCCAAACUUCCCUCCUCAACAAGCUGGCCGUGGUGGACCAGGUCCCCAGCAGCUGCCUCCUAACGUGUAUGGGCUCCCAGGGCAAUUCUCGCCUGGAGCUCCAUACGGCCAGGCUGGAAACCCCCAGUUCUUAGCUGCCAUGCAGCAGGCCCAGGCUGCAGCUCUUGCUGGUGCUGGCCGUGGCGGACCAGGUGGCCGUAUGCCUAUGCAGGCACUGCCAGGAAUGCCACCGAACAUGGCAGGCUUACAAGGUGUACCGGGCCCCGGCAUGCCCCCCCAGGCUUAUAGGCAGCAGAACAACGCUGGGCGUGGAAUGCCCGGCCGACCAGGCCAGGCUGGCGGCUUCCCACCUCAGGGUGCCCGCAGCACUUCCCAAGCGCCCGUUCCAGGAGCAACCCAGGAAGGCGCAAGUGCUCUCCAGGCUCAGCUUACCACCGCCCCUCCAGCCCAGCAAAAGCAGCUUCUUGGCGAGGCACUGUUCCCCAAGAUUCAAGUUAUGCAGCCAGAACUCGCAGGAAAGAUCACCGGUAUGCUUUUGGAAAUGGAUAAUGCGGAACUUGUUGGCCUUAUCGAGGAUGAGUCUUCUCUUCGUGCCAAGGUUGACGAGGCCCUCACUGUGUACGAUGAGUACGUGAAGACCAACAAGGGCCCUGAUGGGGAGGCUCCUGCGGAAGGUGGAGAGGCCGCCAAGGAGACCGAGGAGAAGACCGCAGAGAAGGCUUAAUUGCCCGUCAUCUCCUGCCAUCCCGUCCCACAACUGGGCGGCUACCAUCGUGACUUAAUGAACUCCUACAUCACGACUCUAAAAAAUACCCUAUCCUAUUUCUUUUGUAAUAUGCGACGGAUGGGUCGGAAAAGUUAGGGGCUUUGACUCUUUUUGCCUUUGGCGACUCCUUGGCGCGAAGACGGACCGUUUCCACAACUCCGUGGCUCUGCUUUGAUUGUACAACUAGAUUGGAGAGAUCAUUGUUUGGGGGUCAUUGAUAUGACGCAGCAUCAUAGGAAUUGAGGCCAUCGUGGUUUUAUUUUCCCAUGUGCUGUUUUUAUCGUGAUGUGGUUAGCUUACCUGAUCGGUAUGGUUUUUAACACAACUAGACUAUAUUCUCACAAAAACAUUCGCAAACU